CUCGAAUUUUUUCUACCUGGGAAGCGACUCCGAACUUGACGAUUCAACAGCCAUUGAGUGCGCCGAGGCCGUAUUGCUUGCCCACCAUGGCUGCGACUUUCAACAUCCAGAAGCCAUAUGUGCUCACCACCCUGCCUCGACCGCUGAACCAGCGGGAGGGCGCGAGCGCAUACCAAAUUGGCGAUGUCUGGGGCCAGCAGCCGGGGUCCAAGAAGAGGAAGCGAUCCGAGCUGGCAGUCGGCAUCGAUGGCGAGGCCCUCAACCUCUACGAUGUGCCCUCAUCACGGCUGAUCACCUCCUACCCCGUCCCACCCCAAUCCAUCUUCACCUGCUCUCCGUGCUCGACGAGGUCCAGGGUCGCAAAGAGCAAGGACGUCACACGACACACCUACAUCUCGACCCAAAACCCAAAGCCCGAGAUCACCCUGUUCAAGGAUGUCAUAGGGGCCUCUGGCGAGACGACCUCGACCACCUUGACCAAGAAGGUGGCCCACUCCUCCAAGAUCGUGCAUCUUAGUACCGCCUCCACCACGAGCCCCUCGGGCGCCGAUGACGCUGUCGCAGUUCCAGACCUGCUGGCUGUUGCCGAGGAUGGCACCGUCAUGUGCCUUCAGGGCAAUGAUCUCGAGAAGCAAUGGCAGGCUACCCCAGACAUUCUGAAGCAAGACCUGCCUGCCCUGCCCAAGGGAAGCCGACUCCAGGUUGACCUCGUCCAAGCGGCGCUCGCCAGCGAUGUCAUCGGAGGCUUGUUCGGAGGCAACAAGGACGCUUUUGCGGCCUCGCUACGGACAACACAGGAGGAUACAUCCGCCCAAGACACGCUGCUGCUGGUCACGAGGAUCGCGGGCAAGGAGGGGGAGACUCGCCACCUCCACGUCCUGGGCAUCUUCCACGCCUCGGAGACGCAGCCUACCGGACGGCUAGUUCAGAUGCACACCUCCCCCAUCCCGACAUCCUCCUCGGCUGCAAGUGGGCCCGGCAGCCUCCGCCUGGACGUCAGUUCUGGGUCCCUGAUGGAGCUUGAGGAGGACGGGCUCGUUACAUACGAUCUGACCUCCAGUGUUGUCAAAGUCGACAGCAAGCUCGAAGUCCCAGACGUGAAGUCGUUCGUGCGACUGUCCAAAUCGUCCGUCCUUGCAGCCAAAUCUGACUCUUUGGAUGUUUACAAUCCUGUGUUCCAGUCUCUACAAGCAUCCUCAACCAUCGAUCUGGAUACGACGAAUAAGGCCUCAAGCGAUGUGACUCUGUCACUGGUGGCAUAUUUUGCGAGACUCGAGAUUGCAGUGGCCAUCUAUGGGGCGUCCCUUGUCGCCGUGCAACUGGAAGCCCCUAGGACGCGAGGCAAGAAGCGAAGGGCGGAGGGGCUCUUGAUUGACUCGAUUGGUCGGGGUAUCGCUCAGCACAAGGAUCUCAUGAAGAAACCGAAGACGGACGGUGAAUCGUCAAGCUUCUCCGAGCAGAUUCCGGGCUCCGUCACUGGCAAUUACUGGUCCGAAUAUACUGCAGACGUGCAGAAGGCCGAUGCGCUCCUCGAAACCGGCGACCUGGCCGGCUUCGAAGAACUCAUGGCCAUUAGAUUCGGGAUUGCAACGAAAGAAGCAGACACCGCAAACGGCCAAGCGGACGAAGAACAGCCCAAAAUGCCAGAAUGGAUAUGGCCAAGCCAGCGUUCUGCGUAUCCUCCAGCUGACCGCCGAUGGAUCCUGUACACGAUCACAACGCUGUUCGACUGGCAGGACGCAACGGAACAAGGCACAGAUCAGACAAGGCUUGUUUGCAGGCUACCACACAGCAACGUGCUGAACUGCCUGGUUGACGCCGGUCACCUUACCAUAUCCAACCUCCAGUCAGCUUUCAAGGAUGAGCUCAGGACUGUCGACGACGCCGAUCACAUCCUCAGCGAAGAAGUACCUCAAGUACUGGUACAAGCAGACCCAACCUUCGAGCUCCUCCUCUCCUACCUUUCAUCAACGAAGCUAGGGGCUGGCGAGCUCCUCACGUCUGUCCGUCUGAUCAUGCGUAGCCUCGAGCUCGUGCAAGACCCCACAAAGAUCGCGCCCAAGCUGCUCGCCUUCGAAUCGGAACAGCCAGACGACGCCGACCCGGACGAGAGCAUGCUCAACGCGGACCAGAGCGCGUUCGGCCACGAGCUGGACCGCCUCGAGCAGGAGCUCGAGGUCACGGAGUUCUACCUGGGCGACCAGUCCACCAUCCGGCCGCGGGGCCUCAGCGUGGCCUUUGGCAAGCUGGCGAGCUGCCCGCGCGGCCCCACCAUCCGCACCCUGCGGCGCAGCUACAAGCCCGAGGAGAUCCUGUCGCUUAUCUACGUGCUUCGCAUGGAACUCGUCAAGGACGGCUGGACGACGCGGUACCUGGACAACACGCGCCUGGACGAGGACGACGAGCUCGAGGCGCCCCCCGACGGCAGCAUCAGCCUCCUCGCGGACCUGCUCUGCCGGUGCAUCGACGCCGUCGGCCCCGGCGGCUGGCUUAUUAAUGACGCCAUCGUCGCGGCCGGCGCGGGCGACCACAUGGACUCGGCCGACUUCCUCGCCUCGCUGAAGCUCGAGGUCAGCGCGGCGCUCGAGGGCGUCCAGGAGGCCGUGUUCCUGCGGGGCAUCCUGUCCGAGGCGGUCAGGUACGGCGCGCAGGUGCAGGCCGGGCAAAAGACCAGGCGCGCGGACGGCAAGGUGGUGGUCGCGCACGGAGGACACGGCAGCAACAAGGCAGCCGGCGGCGCCGGCGGCGAGGGCGCCAUGCUGCCGCUCGGCAUGAAGGCCAAGGGGAGGAUCUCAGCUGACAAGGUUGUCUCCGGGGGCGAGGUUAUCAAGAAGAGCAAGAGGGAGAUUGGUCAGCUGAUCAGCCAGGAGGUUGAGAGCUACACAACGGAAAGCAUCCGCAUCUAAGGCUGCCCGGGGAGGUUGAUUGCAUGCAUGAAGCGGAGAGUACGGUGUGCCAGGGCAGGCGUUUUUCUUUUUCUGUGAGUAGGGUCAAGGCCUAGGUAGGCCUCGGGUGUACAAAAGUUGUCGGCUGGGUUGGUAGCCGCGGGGACAUGUUGUCUGAGCAGAAUAAUUCGAGCAAAUACCCCCCAUCACAGUGGCGCCAGGGCAAUCACAAGAAGUGUUACAUGCG